UUCUUGGUGCGCAAUGGCAGACGAUGGUCCUGCUGUGUUUUUCAUUAUUCAGCCCGCUGAUGGGAUCAUUUAAGUAUUUUUCCAGCCCACUGCAGUCGUGAACGUAGCGUUUGUUUCAAAUACAGCACAGCGAUGUUUAAAAAAGCAAAGAGGCUUAAUUUUAGGCGGAGGAAUGAAUCGGACGACGACGAAAAGGAGGACCUCCAGCUACCGCCACCACCGCAGCCAUGCGGGCCUGCAGUGGAGGAUCCGAGCGCUCGCGAACAAGACUGCUUCAAACCGGAGUCUUUCGCGGGUGUUAACUUUGACAUCCAUCACGGAAAUGGCUUCCAGACUAACGCUACGAAGGCAGUUAAGGAUAAGGAGAAAAAGAAAAACAAGGAUAGUCGUGAAGCCCCUAAAGCCAGUCUACUGAGCUUUCACGACGAUGAAGACGACACAGAGGUCUUUAGAGUGAAGAAACCCAACCACAGCAAGAAGAUUGUCAAACAGCUGAAGAAAGAAUACAAGGAAGAUUUGGAGAAGACUGGUGAUGUCAAGCAGGAUUCUACCACUGGCAACAAUGAGGUGACGGGGGUGACUGUGAAGGAGGAGCCCCGCACAGAGAGCACCCGGGCCGGCAGCGAGCAGGGCGAGGAGGAGAUGGAGGUGGACAGCAACGAGGACCAGGAGGAGGACGCCGAGGCCAAGGGCACCUCGGGAGGGGCUUUUUCAAACACCCUGUCUUCCCUCAGCACUCUCCGACCCGGCGAGAUCCCCGACGCGGCCUUCAUCCACGCGGCCCGUAAACGGCGUCAGCUGGCCAGAGAGCAGGGCGGGGACGCGCCCCCCCCGGAGACCGAGGGGCCCAAGAAGCGGCUGGUCCGCGAAGACGAGCACGACGGGAGCGACGACGAAGACGAGGACGAGAAGAGGAUCGUCUUCAGCGGCGUGCGGCAGAAGACCCAGCGGCAGAAGAUCGCCGAGGAGAUAGGCAUCGAGGGCAGUGACGAUGAGGCCCUGGAUACAGCAGGUCAGGACGAGGAGCUGAGCCGCUGGGAGCAGGAGCAGAUCAGGAAGGGUAUCAGCAUCCCGCAGGUCAUGGCCAGCCAGCCAGAAGAAAUGAAUAUGUAUUACCAAAGCACCUAUGAGGGCCAGCCGUACGGGUCGUCCUACGGGCUGCCGUACUCCUACAGCUCCGUGGGAGCGGACGACCCCAAGCCGAUAAAAACUGAAAGCUCAGUAACCUAUUCUGCCCCUAGUAGUGAACUGACUCCUAUCACUACUGAUUUGGUAAAGAAACGGCUUAAAGACAGGCUCAGCUCCAUGCGCCAGGGGCUCAGUAGCAAUGCUAAGCGCUACAAGCAGAUACAGGAGGAGCUGGAGUCCUCCGACAACACCAUCCAGCGCCUCGAGGGCUCCUCCGACACGGUCGCUGACCAGUAUAAAUUCUUGCAAGAAAUGCGAGGGUAUGUUCGAGACUUGCUUGAGUGUUUCAGUGAAAAGGUGCCGGCGGUGCUGGAGCUGGAGGCCACGAUGCAUCAGUUACUCAGGCAACGGGCGUCCCGGCUCGUCCAGAGAAGACAGGAUGAUAUUAAAGAUGAAUCAUCGGAAUUUUCAAGCCUUUCAAGUAAGGCCGUAAUGGCCCCCAAUCUAGACUCGUUUGGCCGAGACCGCAACGCGUAUCAGGAACAUGCUAAACAGAGGAGAAUCGCAGAGAGAGAGGCCAGACGAACUCGUCGUAGACAAGCUCGAGAGCAGAAUGGCAAGAGAGCGGAGCACCGGGAGGGACUGUCCAGUGAUGACGAGGAGACCUCCACUGACAUCACCAGCUUCAACUUGGAGAGAGAUCGCAUUUUGAAGGAGUCUAAGAAGGUCUUUGAGGACGUACUGGAGGAUUUUCACUCCUUGGACAACAUUAAAGCCCGUUUCGAAGUGUGGAGGAAGCUGUACUUCUCAUGCUACCAAGACGCCUACAUUGGGCUAUGUCUGCCCAAGCUCUUCAACCCCCUCAUCCGGCUACAGCUGAUCCCCUGGCUGCCCCUGGAGGCUGACUGCCCCAACUUUGAAUACAUGCUGUGGUUUGAGUCUCUGCUCUUCUAUGGCUGUGAAGAGCAGUCCAACAUGCAAAAGGGGGAUGUGGAUGUCAACCUUCUUCCUGCCAUUGUGGAGAGGGUCGUCCUUCCCAAACUCGCAUUUGUGGCCGACCAGGUGUGGGACCCCCUGUCCAGCAGUCAGACUGCCUGCCUAGUGGCCUUCAUGCACAAGCUGGUCAAAGGGUACCCCACAGUACUGCACGGAGACAACAGAAACACGCAGGAGCUGCUCAAGACCAUUGUCUUAAGAACACGGCGGACAUUGGACAACGACAUAUUCAUGCCGCUAUUCCCAAAAAAUGUGUUGGAGAACAAGAACUCUGGCCCAUACCUCUUCUUCCAGAGACAGUUCUGGUCCAGUGUGAAGCUCCUGGGUAACAUCCUGCAGUGGCAUGGACUCCUGUCCAACUCCACCCUGAGAGAGCUGGCGGUGGACAGCACCCUGAACCGCUACAUCCUGUCCGCCCUGCAGACCACCGAGCCUGGGGAGGAGAGCAUCGAGAAGAGCCAGAGUGUGGUGGAGUGUUUCCCACAGCAGUGGUUCAGCAGUCUGAAGGGCCAGCAGACUCUCCCACAGCUAGAAAACUUCUGCAGGUACCUCAAGCACUUGGCCAGCACCGUGUAUCGGGUCAGCGUGGGCGGCUCGGACGUGGACCGGAGGAAUGCAAGGGAACACAUCAAGGCGGUGGUGAAGCUCCUGGGGCGUAUCAAUGCCCUGGAUCACGUGGUCGCUGUGGCUCAGGAGCACAGCAUCAAAGACAUUAAGACCUUACUCGAGAGCAAAUGAGCAGGGACAAGGAGCGAGGACUAUAAAGGACUCGAGCACGCGUAUGUGUGCCGCGGGUCCUCCGUACGUGUAUAUAUUGUGAAUACUGUACAUGUUUAAAAAGGGAGAAGGCAUCGGGAUCACUGUCCAAUACCUUCUGCGCAGGCGACUGUACAGGGGCGCCUAUUGAAUUCGACGUCGGGCUGAAGUUACCCGCGAGCCAAGCUUUUCUCGACGGCCAUGCGACCCAGCCAAGAGACGAGGGUUCCUGGGAAACUAGGAGCCAGUGUCGGGCACAAGCCCUUUCCAGAGCUUAUCUCGCUGUGCAGGUCCAACGGGUUUUUAUCUGUUUGUUGAGUUUGGAGAACUGGAUGGCUUGAUGGCUGGUAUCAAACAAGAAAUAUCGACGUUUCCCCAUUCCAAAGUAGACCGCUGUGGGCUGGCCACUUGACUCUGAGGAAAGUACUGUACAUCCAAGUUCCUGAACGCUAAUACAUGCACCACCAUUUUGAGUGUCUGAAGCAAGGCAUCCGCGAGGGAGGCCAACAUUUAUUUGAAGCAUUUAAUCGGGGCGCCUGAAGUCAGUUCACACACCGCCUCUUUUGAGGGCUGUAAAGUGCAAAACUUCCCCCGCCUUUUGACCGCGCUUUUGCGGUCGGAUUGGAUGAACCACACGCAAACCACGAUGUCUGGUGGGCACUUUCCACUCUGUGCUGCAUGUUUUCUGCCAUCGUGUAGUCUUCCACUGCGCUCUUGCCGUUUCUUUGCUGUGGUUCUCUCGCAACUGUCUUGCAGGAAAUGGAAGCUUUUUGUUGGCAAAUUAUGAAAUGUUUUAUUUUUUUUAUUUGCUCUUGACAGCCGCCCACGUCUCCUGAAACCACUUGCUAAUUGUGGUUCGGCUGUGAAAAGAUUUCUUGAGUGCAAGACUUUGACUCAUAGCACUUUGGAAGUCCUCAAAAGAGCAAUUUCUGUGGCUUUGAAGCAUCUGCCACACCUCAGUGUAAGGUGGUAAAACCAGUGAUUUUAGCAUCCUGGACCAAAACUAAUCACAACUAAAGGAAAACCUGCAUCAUCUUAACAAUGCGAAAGGGGGACUGCAAUUGCGAUGAUUGUACGAGGCUGUAGAGGGAUGGGAAAUGCUCUAAUGUGUGUGUGACACAUCCGUGAAUUCAUUUUGGUCAUACUAGCCUCAAAGUGGGUGUUGUAAUUGUUUUAAAACUGGGUAGAUUAAACAAGAAUACAAUCAGAUCCACCUUGUUACUAAGUGAUACUUCUGUUAGGUUUGAUGCCGUAACCACACCAAUCAUCAUCAUUGCCAUCUGUGAUGGGCCUACGCAUGCCAUGCCUCUUCUAAUCUGCACUUGGUCAACUCACUCAGCAGAAGACUGUGCCAAACAGUGCACUGACCACACAAAGAUGAAAUAAACUAUAUGCAAUUUUUUUUUCCUUUUUUUUUUU